AUGGCCAUGGAGCGUGAGGUCGCCUCCCCAGGAGGUCGCGGCAGCGCUUCCCACAUCAAGUGGGUGCGCGACGAGUUCAACAUCAACUUGAGCGCAAAAAUUGCCUCCAAAAUCAUGCUCGAUCGAGCGCUCAAAUCGAAGAAACUCGUAUUCAAUACCAGUCAACUCCCUCCAAGCUCUCCCUACCACUGCAGGUCGAUCGAAAUCUUCAAGAUGGGAUGGAGACGCAAGUUUUGCGACAAGGUCAAGAUCAUCGAGAAAACCUUUGGUCCCGACGUCUUUACUUACGACCUGCCUACAAACACAAUUGCUCGAUUCGUGUCCGACUGCAAACGUAUCGAGGAUACAUACGAGGAGUCGGAGGGAAUGUCGCCGAUCAUCAUCCAGGCAGGAUUGGAAAGACGCUAUACGGAAUUCGGGGUCUGGCUGAAUGCAUGGUAUGACGCGCUCCUCACCCGCGAACUCGAAGCCCGCUUCGUUAUCACCAUGAAGAAGCGCGGAUGA